AACAUCAGUAUCACCAACACUAGUGUUCCGGAACAGUACGAGUUUGGCGUUCAGGGGAAGUGGUUGUACGUGCAGUUUCUUGGUUCCAAUAAUGAUUUUCCAUAUGAACGUGUGUCUUAGACAGCAUAUUUAGAAACAGCAACAGACUCUUGUAUUGGAAGCAACAACAGGCAGACUAACAAAAUGACCGACACAAAAUCAUCUGAUGAUGUCAUCGCCGUCAGUCGCGAAAUGCCGCCAUCUGCAAGUAAGACACCUUCUCCUGAGAAAGAGAUUGUGCCUGCCAAUCAGAAGAAAAGGAAACCACCGCCUACACUCGGGAAAAGUUUGGUUGGGCUCUGCAAGAUUGCCGCCAAACACUUACCUCUGGUUGUUGGUGUUUAUGCCAUGGGGUAUUUCAACUUCUCCAUAGCCUGGAUACUCGGCAUAGUGGGAAUCACGGCAGCUACAGAUCAAUGGAGAAAAGAGAGAAAUUACAGAAUGAGUACUGCCCGAGCUUCAGCUCUCUAUUCUGAUAAAGACGUUAUCAUGGCCCGGGUCAGUGAUCUUCCUUCUUGGGUUUUUUUUCCGGAUUUUGACAGAGCAGAAUGGCUCAAUAAGAUUUUGAAGCAAGUGUGGCCAAACGUUGGACACUACGUGAGGAACAUCAUUUUGGAAGCCGUUCAGCCUGGCAUACGUGAAAGUUUGAAGGCCUACAAGCUGGGCGGAUUCAAAAUGGAUAAGAUUUCUCUUGGAACGAUGCCCUUCAGAGUUGGCGGCGUUAAGGUUUACGAUAAGAAUGUCUCGCGUAAUGAAAUUGUGAUGGAUAUGGACAUUUGUUAUGCAGGGGAUUGCGACAUUCGUUUUAGUAUCAAAGGACUUAAAGGCGGUAUCAAGGACUUUCAGAUGUCAGGAAUGCUGCGUGUGAUUAUGAAACCCCUAAUUUCGCAAAUUCCGCUUUUUGGUGGCAUUCAAAUUUUUUUCCUCAACAGCCCGUCUGUAGAUUUCAAUCUGAUUGGCGUGGUAGACGUAUUGGAUAUGCCUGGCUUAAAUGGUAUUCUACGACGCGUAAUUAUUGAACAAAUCGGGGCUUUCCUUGUUCUACCCAACAAACUAAGUUUCACGCUAUCAGAUGUCGUGUCGCCCAUCGUCGUGAAAAUUCCCGAACCUUCUGGCGUGCUAAGAGUCCGAGUCAUCGAAGCCAAGCAAUUGAUGAAAAUGGAUCGCGUCUUGGGCAUUGGAAAAUCAGAUCCCUACGCCAUCAUCACGGUCGGUUCUCAAGAGUUUCGCACUAAAACCAUCUACAACACGGUCAAUCCCAAAUGGGAUUUCUACUGCGAGUAUGUUGUAAGCGAGCGAAGAAGUCAGCUCUGCUUUCUCAGAAUGUUCGAUCGCGAUGAAACGGGUGGAGAGGAUGAUCCGCUGGGCAAAGCCACGAUUGAUAUCUACAGCAUCGCCAAAGCUGGAAAGAAAGAUAUGUGGGUGACGUUGGAAGACGUCAAAUCAGGAAUGAUCCAUCUGGAGUUGACUUGGUUUAGUUUAAUGGACGACCCAGUCAUGUUAAAAAUGCACGCCGCUGAAACACAAAGCAUGGGACUCAGUUCGGCGCUGCUCAUAGUGUACGUCGACUCGGCCACGUCCCUCCCCAGCGCCAGGACAUCUUCAAAACCCGAUCCUUAUGUGAUCGUGACUGCCGGCAACCGUAGCGAGCAAACUUCAGCUCGGAUGCGUACUUGCGAUCCCACUUGGGAGCAGGCCCUUGUCUUCCUCGUCUGCAAUCCCGAAUCGGACGAUCUAUAUUUAAAAGUUAUGGAUCAGAAAACCGGUGGAGAACUUGGUGGGGAGAAGAUAACGCUAGUGUCUUUGCUAACUCUUCCCAACAUGGAAUUGAGUCAUCAGCCGUUGAGCUUGAAAAAUUCUGGUCCCGAAAGCAAACUCAUCGUUUCCAUUCGAUUAAAGGUGAUGGUACCCGGGCAGCCCAUGGAAGGAAACGAAUCGAUUUUGGAUACGGGAGAUUUCGCCAGCGAUCCACCUCUUCCCAGUACGCCGCCACCCUCAAGUUCUGAUUCGAUGAAAGCCAAACCGGAGCCAAAAUCGGAUGCACCCGGAGGUAAUGACAUGCAAACUUCCGCUUCAGGAUCAUCAUCAUCCGCCGCGGGCGACACCAUUAGCCUAGGCGGAAGAAGCGAACAAACUUCGUUGUUAGACAAAUCGAUGAGCUCUUCAACCAACACUCUGGUGUCUGCGGCUAAAUUGAGUCUCGACCGCGAAUCGAAUUCGUCCAUUCGGCGGAGGCAAAAGGGCGGGUUGCCCCCUGGCGUCGUCAGUCAAGUGCAGCUCACACUGCGCUAUAGCAGUCAGCGACAGAGACUAAUUAUCGUCGUGCACAAAGUCAGCCAACUGCCGGGCGGAGACCAACCCGAUCCGCCCGACCCUUAUGUGAAACUCUACCUACUUCCAGAUCGAUCGACCAACAGCAAACGUAAAACCGAGAUUGUAAAAGACACCGUCAAUCCAGUUUUUGACGAAACUUUCGAGUACACGGUCGUCCCGAUCGACUUGCCGUCACGUGAGCUUGAAGUGAGCGUCAUCAAUCGCAAGGGACGGUUCGCCCGCAGUCCGCUCAUGUGCAGUUGCGUCGUCAUCCUGGGUCAUCACGAUCUGACUCAAGCCGUCACUCAAUGGUUUGAGAUGAAACCGUCGGAGUAAAUUUUUUCCUAAGAUGAUCCUACCGUCGGUUUUGACAGUUACUUAUAUUUGAUUACUAAAUUUUUCACUUGAUUUCCUUCCUCCUUUUUGAGGCCUUUUACGCAGCUCUCUUUGCCACUUUGUUUCCCGGUCAGUAUUUUAAUAAUAGCUUACAUCCGACUGCUUAGACUCUCUCUAUUAUCUGAAGACACUAAGGCCCACAACGUCCAAAACUUUCAAACGUUUAUUACUAAUCAUAUUACUCUUUGACAGAAAAGGAAAUACCCAUGUUGCAUUUGUACCGCAAAUACCCGAGUGAUUGUGUGAUACCACAAACUGUUUUUAUUUGGUCGCUGCCUUGUUUAGAAAGUAAAAGAAAUUUUUUUUUUUUUUUUUUUGGUUUAGAUGAAGCAGCUAUUUUGUCAAUUUUUUUUUUGUUUUGUUUGUGUGUGUCUUUGGACACAGGAAUUUAAAGAAAAAAGUUUGAUGGCUUUGUUGGAACAGCUCUUUUUCAUUUUGAUAUCUUUAUCCUCCAUCUCUUUUGUCUUUUGGGUUCUUUGUGCCAUACGUGUUUUGUUUGUAUUCUUUGCGCUUGACAUUUUUCCUAUGGAUAGAGGGGGUCUCGACUUGUCAUUUUUAUGCUCUCUGCCUCAAUACCUAUAUCCUAUCAAUGUUUCCCGAAUAUACAAACUCUAUGACAAA